AAGAAAGACAGACUCGGUGCACAACACAACUGUUAAUCUGCCCGACGUGGCAGCAGUAGACAUAGCAAGGCAUCAGCAGCAGAAGUUGCGGGCCUAUGGAAAAGAUACGUCAGUCCGAUCAGCCGUGUGUUGUACAAACAUAUCGACCCGAUUAUCGCGGCACAACCUACAAGUAAAACGACAGAUUGUCAUUUUCAUUAUAUAUGUCGUGCUAGUAACAUCGUCCAUAUGUAUACCAAUCCAAUACCCGUGCAAAAACAGUACCCAGCUGCACCAGCUAUGCCUGGUCAGCUCAAUAAUUCACCAUAUGGUGUAAACCAGAAUAAUAAGCAAACAACUUAUGGACCUGGACAACCGAUUUUGAAUGGAAAUCAUCCAAAUUACAAUGCUGCACCAUCUGGUCAACUUGGCCAAUCCAACUCAACAGGACUUCCAAAUCUACCCAGUCAGCCUAAUCAAGGACCUCCUAUGUCAGGUCCUCUAAUGCAAGGACAACAUCCUCCAGCUUCUAUUAUGCAAGGACCACCACGCUCUGGUCCUCCUAUGCAAGGUCCUCCUAUGCAAGGUCCUCCUAUGCAAGGUCUUCCUAUGCAAGGUCCUCCUAUGCAAGGUCCACCUAUGCAAGGUCCUCCUAUGCAAGGUCCUCCUAUGCAAGGUCCUCAUAUGCAAGGUCCCCCUAUGCAGGGCCCUCCAAUACAUCUAAAUCAACUAACGCAAGGAUCAUCUCUUAUGGGGUCGUCUGCACAUAGGCAACCUUUAUCAAGUCAACCUGGACAAGGACUACCUCCAGCCGGUCAACUUGGACAAGGUCCACCUCCAACAGGUCAAAUUGGACAAGGUCCACCUCCAAUGAGUCAAAUUGGACAAAAUGCACCUCAAUUAAUGCCGGCUUUACCUGGAAAAGUAUCGUAUCAGCCGACUAAUAUGCAUGCUAAUCACAAUUUAGGACAAAAUUCCUAUCCACCUGGACAAUCGUUAUCUACACAAAUGGGUCAAAUGCAAAUAAACAGUUCUCCUUAUGGGAUGAAUCAAAAUAUGCAACAACCUCAAUAUGGAUCUGGUCCAGCACCCAUGUAUGGAAAUCAGCCAAACAUGUAUCAUGGUGGUAUGACAAACAAUUUGCAGAACCAACAAGCUGGUAAAAUACAAAACGAUCAUAUGCCAAAUCCAAUUGCUGUCUAUGAAGAAGAUAAAAAAAAUAGGAGUGGAAUAUUUGCAACAAAUCAAAAAAAUGUCUUACCUCCUAUGGUUACAACAAAAUUUGUUGUUCAAGACCAGGGCAAUGCAUCUCCCAGAUUUAUUAAGUCAACAUUAUAUUCUAUUCCUACUACUCAGGAUUUGAUGAAACAAGCUGGAGUUCCUUUUGGUAUUGUUUUAAAUCCAAUGGCUCUUGUUGAAAAAGAUGAAUAUGAACCGCCUAUUGUCGAUAUGGGAGAACUUGGCCCAGUACGAUGUGUUCGGUGUAAAGCAUACAUGUGCCCUUACAUGCAAUUUGUUGAUGCUGGUAGACGAUUUCAGUGCAUGUUCUGUAAAGCAACCACAGAUGUUCCCACUGAAUAUUUCCAACAUUUGGACCAUACGGGUCAAAGAAUGGAUCGCCAUGAGAGGCCAGAAUUAGUUUUGGGAACUUUUGAAUAUGUUGCUUUAAAAGAAUAUUGUAGAAAUAAUGUUUUACCAAAACCGCCGGCUCUGAUUUUUGUAAUUGAUGUAUCUUACAACAAUGUGAAAUCUGGUUUCGUUAAUUUGUUGUGUUCUCAAAUGAAAAAUAUUCUUUGCAAUUUACCAGUAGAUGUUGGACAAACAAAAUCAAACAUGAAGGUUGGAUUUAUCACGUACAACAACUCAAUUCAUUUCUACAAUUGCAAAGCAAAUCUUGCUCAACCUCAAAUGCUAUUUGUUGGGGAUAUUGAAGAUAUUUUUAUGCCGUUAUUAGAAGGUUUUCUGUGUGAUAUAGAAGAAAGUGAAUCUACUAUUGAUGCUCUGAUGGCUCAAAUUCCAAUAAUGUUUGGUGAAACUCGUGAGACUGAAACUGUUCUUGGGCCUGCUAUUCAAGCUGGUUUAGAGGCAUUAAAGGCUUCUGAAUGCGCUGGAAAAUUAUUGGUAUUUCAUUCAUCAUUGCCUACUCGUGAAGCUCCAGGAAGGCUGAAAAAUCGUGAUGAACGUAAUUUGAUAGGAACAGACAAAGAAAAAACUGUUCUUGUUCCUCAAACUAAUUACUAUACAACCUUGGGACAAGACUGCGUUGCUGCUGGAUGUAGUGUUGACCUAUUCCUUUUAAACAAUUCUUACAUUGAUGUAGCUACCAUUGGUCAAGUUAGUCGUGUUACAGGAGGAGAAGUUUACAAAUAUACUUAUUUCCAAUCUGAUAUUGAUGGAGAAAGACUGAUCACAGAUAUAGUUAAUAACAUAAAUCGACCUACCGCAUUUGAUGCUGUAAUGCGAGUUCGAACUUCUACUGGCGUAAGACCAACAGAUUUCUAUGGACACUUACAUAUGCAAAAUACAACUGAUAUAGAGUUGGGUAGUAUUGAUUCUGAUAAAACAAUUUCGAUCGAAAUAAAACACGAUGAUAAGUUAGCAGAAGAAGAAAGUGUUUACAUUCAAGCAGCAUUACUUUACACUUCUUGCGGAGGAAUUAGAAGACUUAGAAUCAUAAAUUUAAAUUUGCCGACAACAAAUUCAUUAGUAGAAAUAUAUAGAUUAACUGACUUAGAUGCCAUGUUGAAUUUCCUCUUGAAGCAAAGUGUUAUGAAAAUGGUUGAUCAUUCACCUAAAGCCAUCAAAGAUGGUCUUAUGGCGCGUGCUGCAAACAUAUUAGCUGUCUACAGGAAAAGUUGUGCACAAAUGACUAAUCCAGGACAACUCAUACUUCCAGAGACUAUGAAACUUUUACCGAUUUACUUGAGUGGUAUAUUCAAGAGCGACGCUUUUAGUGCUGGUCCUGCUGUUACUAUUGAUCAAAAAUCACAUGUUAUGAUGUUAGUGACUUCCAUGCCAAUUUCAGAAUCUUUAGCUUUUAUGUACCCAAGAGUUCUUCCUGUUCACAACGUAGAUCCACUGAGUGAAGACCUUCCUCCUGUCAUGCGAUGUUCGAUAGAGAAAUUUGAAGACGAUGGUGCUUACAUUAUAGAAAACGGAAUCAGUAUGUUCUUGUGGUUGGGUUUGAGUUUGAAUUCACAAUGGACUCAAGGUGUAUUUAAUGUUUCAUCUGUAAUUCAAAUUGAUACUGAUAAAAAUGUAAUUCCUGUUUUGGAUAAUCCUUUAAAUACUCGAGUAAGAAAUAUAAUAGGAGAUAUUCAGUCAGAGAGACGUUAUUGCAUGAAGAUGAUACUAAUGAGACAACAUGAUAAAAUGGAAAUGAUGAUGAAGCAAUUAAUGGUAGAAGAUCGAGGACCUGAUGGUAGUCCAGGCUAUGUAGACUUUUUGUGUACAAUGCAUAGAGAAGUUCAAAAUCUUAUUGGCAAUUGAUAUCAUUUAUUGUUUAUAAUAAAAAAUUAUAUAUAUAUAUAUUUAUAUAUUUAUAUAUUUAUGUAUACAGCACAGAGAACACAUAUAACACAUGUUGUGUAAUUUACAAUCACGAGAUGAAUAUAUUUUUAAAAAUCAUUCUUGUUAAAAA